AUGAUGGGUCUGGAUGUUCGCGGUGUUGAGGUUUUAAGCCGGCAGCCACCGGGUCCGAUUGCCACCGGGCAUUUGGUGUAUAGGUGUUGGUGUAAGGAGUUCGAUAAUGGUAUGACAUCAGCGGGUUCUGUUGCAUCGAGUAAACUGGUUUCGUAUAACAUUAUUAUGAAGAUUUAUAAGAUACUGAUAUAG